GUAACACUGCGCAAGUGGGACAUUGCCUGGCGUGGGAAAAUGCCAUUGAAGGCUUCUGGACCCUCGACAAUUGGUGGUUCCACAUCCAGCAACGUGCCAUUGUUCAGGUUUUCUGAUGACACGGAGAGGGCUUUGGCUCAGUUCGAGCGAAUCGAUGACGUGAUCAUGGGAGGUGUGAGCAAAUCAGCGCUAUCAGGAGAUUCAGGCCUGGCAUCAUGGCGGGGCCUCGUCCGCACGGAGGGUGGCGGCUUCUGUGGCCAGCGCACCCGGCCGUUCCAGCAACCGUUGAACUUGUCAGGAGCGGAUGGUUUGUACAUGGACUGUGGCCUCGUGUCCGAUGAGGACGUUGCCCGUCGGGCUUGGAAGAUGACGUUGCGAACAGAUGAGGGCCGAGGUGAAGUCGUUUACCAGGCUCCUUUCCAGCCUGCGGUCGGCUCCCCAAGCCGCGUGCAGGUUCCGUUCUCGGACUUCCGGCUUGUGCGAGGUCCGAUUGCUAUCCCGGAUGCGCCGAAGCUUUCAAAUUUGAGUGCUGUCUAUCAGAUUGGCUUCACGGUAUCGAAGUUUGUGAUCAGCGAGCAGAUGCAGACGCUGGACGAUUUCCGGAACGGCACCUUUCAGCUUGAUAUCGCGGAGAUCGGCGCAUUCUCGCGAAGCUCUGCGUUAAGUGGCAUGGAGGACACCCCUGAGACUCUGAAUGACCAGGAGGUGAAGCGAAGCCGGCCGCUGGUUCAGAAGCUUCUCUUCCCUGUCCUGGGGUUCUUCUUCAGCGAGUCUUGCCAGGGUGAUGUGGGAGCUUAUCCAGGAGACACCUUGAACAAGCUUUUCGAAGUGGCCGAUUUGCGGCAACGGAGUGGCCGGCCGGGGAUGGGUCGGCGGAUGCUCUCGUUGGGGCCCUUGCAGUUCGAAGGGGACGAGGACAUUCAAAUGGCCGUCUUCGAGUUUGAGGAAGCUACAGGCAAGCGCGCUUGGGACACACCAUCAUUGAAGAUGGCACGUCUCGGAGCCCGUGCCCUUGCCCUCGCCGCCGUGGUCGGCGUGGCCAUGUGGUCAGAGACCUGCUUGCAGGCUUUCUGCGGCGGUGCCUUGAGCCGUCCUGAAGGACCGGCCGUGGCCCGCAACGGAUGGCGGCUUGACAAGAUGGAGGUCGGACCCCAGGGCAUUGGUCAGCUCGUGGUCGCUGAGGGCUUCUUCAUUGGAGAGAAGGACAUGUUCAAGAUCUGCAACAAGCAGGGCCGUCGCUACCGCAUGCGUCCUUUCGCGGAGGAGCGCAAGACCGACACCACCCUCCCCGGCAUCUUCCAGCUCGGACCUUUCAAGAUCCACCUGGAGCAGGCCUUCCGCGGUGGCGCCGGUUCUCAUGCGCUCUUUGCCGAUCGCCCCGAAGGCUAUUCCGGCAACGGCGGCACCGCCGGCUGGGGUGAGGACAUCCCCACUCGCAAGGGUGGCUACGGCAGCCGCUAA